GACACUAUCAUGACUGCUGACUCGACAAACGAUUGUUGAUGACGUGGUGAUUUUUUGUCGACGUGGCAAUGUGACGUGGAAUAUAUUUUAAAUUUUAUUAAUUAAAAAAACAAAAACCUACUUUAUCCUUUUCACCCACCCACCCAUGCAUCUUCAUCUUCUUCCUCUUCUUCUCCGCCAUCGAUCAUCCACCCAUUCAUCUUCAUAUUCAUUUUCUUCCUCAUAUCCCUACUAAUUUCGAAAUUUCUAACCCAAAUUCAAUCGAAAAUAACUCUGCAAACAGAAAACCCCAAAUUUUGAAAUCCCUAACUCGGCCGGCAGAGGAAUGAAGCGACGCCACGGGAAGGGUUCUGCGGCGGGAGAUGUUGUAACGGAGGUGACUUGCGACAACCACAAUCCAUCCUUUGACCAAGCUCCACUCCCUCAGCACCAUAAAAUCCUUCUAACUCUCAUUCCCGAGGCCCGCUGCACAGUCCCGACGACCCAUCUCCGUUUCCCUCCCAACUUCCACCGCCAUCUCGCUCCUGGGUCUCUUCUCGACUUCCUCAGAAUCUCGAGCAGUCGCCUCUUCCCUCACCGGCUAUUUCUGAGAUCUCCAGGAAGGCCCAAAAGGCCAUUCAGAGCACCGGCAUUGACACCCAGCUUGUAGUUACUGCCGCCAAUGUUUUCUCCAAUUUCACCUUCCGAUUUUUGAAUAGAUUCGCCAUUUAUGAACUCUCUGAAUCUUGAUUUCAAUGAAGCUGCAACUAAUGUAAUGAUAGGUGUUAGAUUCAAAGCUCCAUUUAACUUGGGGAGCAAUUAGUUAGCCCUAUGAGAAACUUGAUUUAAAAGUUUAUUGCUUGCGAGGUUCUGGAUUUGUCGGCGGCAGCGGCGGUUGAAGAGGAAGAGGAAGAGAUCAGUUUUUUUGCCGGCGGUGUGGGUGAUAGAGAAUAGAGAUGUAGAAUCUCUGGGUAGAUGAGAAUGGUGAUUUUUUUUAAUCUGUUGGUGGAAUCCAAGUCAGUGAUGACGUGGGCAAACCGAAUCUAGUUGGCGAUGACAUAUCAUCUAGGUGGAAGCCACAUCACUUGGUGUUGACGGCGUUCGUGAUGACAUUAACAAUAGCAACGGAAAUGGCUAUAGUUGACAAUAAAGUUUUACAAACUUU